CACGAGAAAAUCCAAGCCGCCACAAGCACCGCCGCCGCCGCCGAGGAUCCUCAACCUCCCACGCCGGGCCACCCUGAUCAAAGCCUCAAGCUCGGCAUCACCGCCGCGCUUCAGAUCUCGGAGCGCUGAUCGACGCCGAUCGGAGAGAAGACAGCGGCGCCAACGUAGGAUGGAAGAUCCAAGCGGAGAUCCUCAAAGCUGAGUGCGAGUUCUUAAGGGUAGAGAGGGAGCUAGCAGUGAAGAAGAUGGAGAGGAAUCGAGAGAGCAUGGAGGUCUUCUUGAAAUCCGCCAUGGAGAAUCUCGGGAGGGAGAAGAUUGAUGGCAAAGAGAUGGAUAUGAUGGAUAAACGAACCCAUCAUCAUCAUCAUCAUCAUCAUCAUCAUCAUCAACAUGUGGAGAUGCUGAGGAGAAGAAUGGAGGUAGUGGAGGAGUACAGCCAGAUGCUGUUGGAGGGGGAUUGGAACAGUAAGGUGAAGGGUGGGUGUAGUUAUUGUAAGGAGGUUAUGAGGAGAGUGUUGGAGCAAGUGAGAGCGGAGACCGAUCACUGGAAUGAAAUGCAGGUGAUGGUCGAGAAGGUGAGGGUGGAGAUGGAGGAGUUGCAGGUGUCGAGAGAUCUUUGGCGGAGACGUGCGUCAUCCGCUGAGCUUAAUCUUCGACUGGUUCAUGCGAAAAUGCUUGAGUGGCAAUGGAGAGCUCGGGCGUCGGAGAGUAAACUGAUUGAGCUGAAGAAAGAGAGAGAAGAGACUAAUAAGAGUUCAAGGAACUCUGAGAGAAUCAGAAGCCGGGUUCGACUCAUCGUUUUAAGAACAUGA